UCCGUCCUCAGAUGGACCGCGUGCCCUCGGCACUGGCCGCGAAGAUGCGCUGGAUCACGCUGCUGCUUGCCGGCUUGACUUUCUGGAGCAAAGUGACGAUUUCUAACUGUUUCGACUACGAGGAGCCAGAGAAUGAUUAUUACAAGGAGGAGCGAGCGGAGACCAUUGACUACAAAGACCCGUGUAAAGCUGCUGCAUUCUGGGGCGACAUCGCUUUAGACGAAGAGGACCUGCGCAUGUUCCAGAUCGAUCGGACGAUAGACCUCACACAGCACACACACACGCACACACACUCCUGGCAGGGGCACACGUCUGGUGGGCUGGAGGAGCAUGCCGUUUCUAAGAAGAGCGGCUCGUUAUAUCUACUGCUUGAUAAAAUACGCAGGUUCGGCUUCGACUAUCUCCCCAAGAACUCCAGCAAGGCAGCGGCCAAUCCCAAGAGCCAAACUGGGAAAGGGGUGAAAGGUUGGAAAAGUGGAAAAGGUGGGAAGAUUGGGAACGUUAUGAAGAGCCGUAUUCGCCGAGCGGCCACAUCCCGAGCUGAGAGGAUAUGGCCCGGAGGAGUCAUUCCCUACGUCAUAGGAGGAAACUUUACUGGCAGUCAGAGGGCCAUGUUCAAGCAGGCCAUGCGUCACUGGGAGAAGCAGACGUGCGUAACGUUCAUAGAGAAGACGGACGAGGAAAGCUACAUCGUGUUCACCUACAGACCCUGCGGGUGUUGUUCCUAUGUGGGUCGUCGUGGCAACGGGCCCCAGGCUAUCUCCAUAGGCAAGAACUGUGACAAGUUCGGCAUCGUUGUGCACGAACUGGGCCACGUCAUCGGCUUCUGGCACGAGCACACGCGGCCCGACCGCGACGAUCACGUGACCAUCAUCCGGGACAACAUCCAACCAGGCCAGGAGUAUAACUUCCUCAAGAUGGAGCCAGGGGAGGUCAACUCCCUCGGGGAGUCAUAUGAUUUUGAUAGCAUCAUGCACUACGCCAGGAACACCUUCUCACGAGGGAUGUUCCUCGACACCAUCCUUCCAUCCAGAGAUGAAAACGGGGUCCGGCCGGCUAUUGGUCAGAGAACCAGGCUCAGUAAAGGAGACAUAGGACAAGCAAGGAAGCUGUAUAGAUGUCCAGCAUGCGGAGAGACGCUCCAGGAGUCAACGGGCAACUUUUCGUCUCCCGGUUACCCCAAUGGAUACCCUUCGUACACACACUGUGUCUGGAGAAUAUCAGUUACACCUGGAGAAAAGAUUGUUCUUAACUUCACCACCAUGGAUCUGUAUAAAAGCAGUCUGUGUUGGUACGACUACAUCGAGGUUCGGGACGGAUACUGGAGGAAAGCUUCACUGCUCGGCAGGUUUUGUGGCGAUAAAGUUCCCGAGGUCUUGAUCUCCACUGACAGCAGGAUGUGGAUCGAGUUUCGCAGCAGCAGCAACUGGGUGGGAAAAGGUUUCGCCGCCAUUUAUGAAGCGGUCUGUGGAGGGGAGAUCACCAAAGACUCAGGACAGAUUCAGUCCCCCAACUACCCCGAUGACUACAGAGCAUCCAAAGAGUGUGUGUGGAGGAUCAUUGUGUCUGAGGGGUAUAACGUCGGGCUCAGCUUCCAGGCCUUCGAGAUUGAGAGGCACGACAGCUGUGCCUACGAUUACCUGGAGAUUCGAGACGGCCCCCUGGAGACGAGCCCUCUGAUUGGUCGCUUCUGCGGCUACGACAAACCCGAGGACGUGCGUUCCACCUCACACACGCUGUGGAUGAAGUUCGUCUCAGACGGGACGGUUAACAAGGCUGGCUUUGCUGCUAACUUCUUCAAAGAGGAGGAUGAGUGUGCCAAGCCAGACAAUGGAGGAUGUGAACAGAGGUGUGUAAACACUCUCGGCAGUUUCAAGUGCGCCUGUGAGCCGGGCUACGAACUAGCUCCCGACAAGAAGAGCUGUGAAGCGGCGUGCGGCGGUCUCCUCUCGAAGUUGAACGGGACCAUCAGCACGCCCGGCUGGCCGAAAGAGUACCCGCCCAACAAGAACUGCGUGUGGCAGGUGGUCGCCCCCACUCAGUACCGCAUCUCCAUGCAGUUUGAGGCCUUCCAGCUGGAGGGAAAUGAGGUGUGUAAAUACGACUUUGUGGAGGUGCGCAGCGGCCUUUCAUCCGACUCUAAGCUGCAUGGUAAAUACUGCGGCACGGAGGUCCCUGAGGUCAUCACCUCUCAGUAUAACAACAUGAGGAUUGAGUUUAAAUCCGACAACACCGUCUCCAAGAAGGGCUUCAAGGCUCACUUCUUCUCAGACAAAGAUGAAUGCAGCAAGGACAACGGCGGCUGCCAGCACGAGUGCAUCAACACAGUGGGCUCGUACGUUUGUCAGUGUCGCCACGGCUUUGUGCUGCAUGAGAACAAACACGACUGUAAGGAAGCUGAGUGUAAGCAUAAGAUCCACAGCCCCAGUGGGACCCUGAGCAGCCCUAACUGGCCGGACAAGUAUCCCAGCCGUAAGGAGUGCACCUGGGACAUCACAGCCACGCCAGGACACCGAGUCAAGAUCGCCUUCAAUGAGUUUGAGAUCGAGCAGCAUCAGGAAUGUGUGUAUGACCAUCUGGAGGCCUUCGACGGGGACAGUGACAUGGCCACCAUCUUGGGUCGAUUGUGCGGCAGCAAGAUCCCGGAGCAGCUGGUCUCCACCGGCAACAAGAUGUACCUUCGCUUCAUUUCCGACGCCUCAGUACAAAGAAAGGGCUUCCAAGCUACACACUCCACAGAGUGUGGCGGUCGUCUGAAAGCCGAAGCUCGCCAGAAGAACCUUUACUCCCACUCCCAGUUUGGAGACAACAACUAUCCCGGUCACACCGACUGCGAGUGGCUGCUGACGGCCGAGCAGGGCUACGGCAUCGAGCUGAGCUUCAUCACCUUCGAGGUGGAGGAGGAAGCCGACUGUGGCUACGACUACAUCGAGCUGUACAACGGCUACGACGCCGACUCACAUCGACUCGGACGCUUCUGCGGUUCAGGGCCUAGGGAGGGGAUCUACUCGCCCGGAGGUGCUAUGCUGAUCCGUUUCCAUAGUGACGACACAAUCAGCAAGAAGGGCUUCCACAUCCGCUACACGAGCACCAAGUUCCAGGAGAACCUUCACACCAGGAAAUGACCUCACACUCAGCCCGUGACCUCUGACCUUUGUGCAGCCCCACGCCACCCUGACCUUCACCAUGGCAAUGAGAAAAGCACAGCCUGUCCCCUCUUCUCGGACCCAACGGAUAGAAGUGGACGUUUGUGGACGCUCGCCAGCCGCGGGAGGAAGACGACACUGUCGAGUGAACAUUGGUGUCCCUCCGCGGCUCCACACAGGUCCGCGCGCUCUGAUACGAGGCCGGGAAAAAACAACCAGACGUCAACAAAAGUGAGCCAUUUCUGUGGAGGAGACGGGUUUUUUUCAUUUCUGCACAUCAACCUACACUCACGGUCGCCAAACGGAAGAGUGAAAACAAACGCAUAAACACGCGAGAUUCACUCUCAGAAGUAUAAACUACGGCUGCGCGAGGAGCGUCGGCCGAAAAAACUAAAUGCAGCCAACCGGCGGGUUCAGAGACUUUUCUGACUCGUCGAGCUGCGAUCAGACGGCUUCUCAAACCCACAGCGACUGCGAGGAAACUCGAGACGUUUUUAUUGCCUUUAUGCCCGGGAACUGGUCUCCUCAGCCCAGCUCAGAACGGCUGCAGAAGAUUUUAUUUCAUGUCUUAUUGUAAAAGCCCUCGUGUUUACUUGUAUGUGUGUACAGAGAACAAGAAACAAACAAAAGACUGGAAUACGUCAUUUGCCCUUUUUUGCUUAAAGCUUAUGCAGACGACCAUCGUGGAAUGGGAAAAGAUAUUAAAGAAAUGCAAAUGGGGAAUUUCCAAAUAAUCUGUGAUGUUAAUGUUAAGCCUUGCAUUAUGGUGUGUGUGUGUGUCUGUGUGUGUCUGUUUUUGAGUUUGCACCGUCUUGUAACGACUUUUCAUGGAUGUUUCUUGUUUCCACCUCACCCCAAAAUAAAAAGUGGAUAUCGGAAAGGGAAUAUAUUUUAAUAGCCGUCACUCGGAGUGACGCGAUUCUGAUUGAAGGAGAGAUUCCCAUGGUGCUAACAAAAAAUACAAAAUCCCCUGAAUGACAGACCGGUGCGGUUGGAGGAUCCGCAGCCAGCGUGCAAACAGCACCCUGCAUCAACAGCACGAGUCCUGUGGAACUACAAUAUUGCCUUAGAACCAACAUGUAUGCUCUAGAUGUCGCUCCUGUGCUCUUGUGGCAGAGCAUUUCAUUUGUUUGGAACGCUUGAAUGGUUUUAUUGUCAAACAAACAACAACGAAAAAACAUGGGAAAUGUAGUCUGUGUGUGAGAGAGUGUCAAUGGUGCAUGUGUGUUUGUGUGUCAUUUGUGUAGCUGCUCUCAGAGAUGCAUACACACGUGCUUAUGCAUUAAAACUCAUUUGUGUGCGUUUUCCCCAAACAUGUCGACACACACACACACGUCCCCCUCUGUAUAUUUUGGAGAGCAAAGCGAUGUAAAGUUGAAGGAGGAUCGAGGUGCACACGGGAUGCGUCAUCUGUUUUGUAAAAUGAAAACGUGUGUGUGUUAGAGGUGAUUAUAGAGAAACAAUGUGUGUGUGUGUGUGUGUGUGUAAACGGAAUGUUUUUAAGUUGAAUCAUUCAUCGCUGUACGUGCCAAGCUCCAGGUGACCCUGAUCCACUGUCGUGUUUGUUUUAUCAUUCCAUAUCUGUGUCUGUAGUUCAGGGACACAUGACACAUGACGUCCUCUGCACCAGUCAUUAAAAUACACACAGGUAAAAACUA